AUGUUGAAUGCAGCGGAAUUCUGGUACUUUCAGAUUGUCAUCAGCAAGUCUACACGAUAUGACGUUAAUCAUCGUAAUUCAGUUACUGCUCCAUCUGUUUCUUACCGCGAAAGCCUGUACGGAGAUCCGAGUAGCUACACAGGACAAAAGUACUGUAGUCAUCGGCAGGAGAAUGGAAUGGUCUUCCGAUCUCCGGUCAGACACCCCAUAGUGGAACCCCAGGGGUAUUUUCACAAGGUCAAUCUAUCCGUUAACUGCACUAAUACUGAUCAUGCUGGUACACCACUUCAAGACUGGACAAAUAGAUACACCGUCAUCUACCUCAAUGCUUUCGGUCGGGAUAUUGCCAGUGAUAGAAUGAAUAGCGAGAGAUUGUCUGUGGGUGCGCUUUAUUUACCCAACUUUACCACGUACCAGGUACAUAUCUAGUCCAAAUAGUGAAGCCUAUUAAGCGCGCGUAUCGCGCUCCGCCCUCGCGCUAAGGUAUUGUCGAAAAAAAGGAAGAAAAACGUCUGUGGAUAGGUUAGAGUAAAUGUUAUGACUCUUCCUUUGUUACCCUUAGUUUGGCUUUCUUUUUGCCGCGAGAAUUGGCGAGCAGCAACACUGUGAUUGUCUGGUGGGGCCUGGGCACUUGAGAUCUGCGUAAAUGUCUCGAAUGCUCACAGUGAUUACUUUUUUAGAAAGAAAAUCUAAGACACUAUGACCCAGGCCCUCUAUGAGAGACGUUGCCUCGUCCCUAUUCGGCGUUUUCCCAGGCCUUCUCGGUCAAUGCAUGACGAUGACGUAUCCGAGGCGAACGGCCGGGAGACUCGCUCGGACCACGUCACUCGAAACGCGUAACCCACAGAAAAUAAUGAGGUGCGUAGGGACUUGGCAAUGAGAGAUGGACUGAUCCCUUCGUGAACAGCCCCAUGCACGCAGUUAAAACAUCGAACGUCCGGGAACACCUGGGAGAGCAGGGAUGCUCCGCUCGAAAAGGCUACCCGUGCUUUUCCAGGCUAGAGCUUCGUAAAUGAGCUGGGAUCAACGAGUGGGAUCAACGAGUUCAGGCAUGAAAAGAGGUACUUUUCUUGGCAAGGUAAAAAAUAUAAAAGAUCAAUCUCCUCCCUACCGCUUUUUCCUACGAAAAUGUGAUGGGCGAGAAAUUCACAUUUUCCACAGCGCUAAUUUAUUAUAUCCAAGAUUUUAGAGUGCAUGAGAGAACACGUGACCAGUGGAUGCCAUGUGCUUUUCCUGCUCCUCCCAUUUUCUAAGUGUAAAGCCCUGGGGACAAGGUUGUAAAAAGGUGAGGGCUUGGGGCUUAGGACAAUCCUUUCUUGAUGGAGCUCCGCCAUUGUCCCUAGCACAUGUCAAUAUGCACUAGUCGGUCAUCAAUCAAUUGAAAACUUUAUAAAAACUAGUCGACCAGUUCUUUAAAAUUAGCGAUUGUACUCGAUGCAGGUGUCAAAAAAGAAAUUGGCUAUUUCCGAAUAACCCAACUUACCACUCUUUCUCAGAACGAAGGUAAGUGCACUCUGUUCUCAUGCAAACAGCUGAUGCAAAUAGAGUUCAGUAUCGCAUUUAACUUCUCUUCCAUGGUGAAGGGCUUUGGAUCUUUCUCAAGCGACUGCCUCCUCCUUUCGUAUAUGCUACUAAGUGCGUUUUAAAAUGUAUUUAACUCUUCUCGUUUGUAACACAGGACGUUUGUGGGAGCUUGUGCAACAUUCGUCCAUAUCUAAUUUACAACUUCCUAAAUUCAUUCUGGGAAACUUCGCGACCGUCCAGGAGGUACAAGAGGCAUUGGACAACGGAUCGUUUCCGCUGGUGUUUGAUCAAAAGGUCAAUUUGUCCGGAAUAGACACCCUUGAAAUUCACUACACCAUUUACGACAAAACUGGAGCAGGCAUCAUAAUCGAGUUUACUAACAACGGGAGAACAGUUUACGAAAACACCGUCGGCGUGUGUACCAACUCUCCGCCUUAUGAUUUCCAUAUGAUUAAUCUUCGUAAUUAUGUUGAACUCAACAAAACCGCACACGAGGCUUUGCAUUUGGGAGGAUAUGUUUUCACACCCCUCGGUCAAGGCAGUGGUUUGCUUGGUACCCCAGGCGAUUUGACACCUCCCUCCAGACUGGUUCGCGCCGCUACGCUGACUCACUUUGCUGAUCCGGUUAAGACGAGCGACGAGGCCGUAAACUUGGCUAUCCAUAUCCUGAAUACUGUGGAUAUUCCCCAUGGAGUUGCCGGCAAAGACUAUACCAACUGGAUCGUCGCCAAGGACCUUACCCAUAAGGCGCUGUACUAUCGUACCUACAAUGAUCUGACUAUCCGUGUGAUAUAUCUCGACAAGGUACAGCCACAGGGGAAAAUGCUCAAUCUCUCGCUGUCGACACCGGUCAGGGGCUUUAAGGAUACCACCGAUGAGUUGGAAACUGUUGAUGUGGGGCACACGGAACUCUAA